UAAGAAUAUGCGAUAUCUUUCGUAUGAUUUCGAUAGUAGUUCGGUAACCGAUCAGCUGGGGCAGAUAUUUGGCGGAGCUUCUAGGCUAGACCGAACCGCUGCCGGGGAUCUCUCACCUCAAGCUCACAACAUCCAAAUACUGUCGCCGUGGCACAUCUGCAUCCGUUCAAGAGACAUCAACCUGUGUACUCCGGGGAUGCGGUGCCUCAGUUUUAGCUGUCGAUAUCUUUCGCCUCAUUUUUCCUGGAAAGACGCGUCUCAUGCAUCAUGCCGCGGACGCUGCCAUGGCUGACAGGCGGAGCGCAUGACACGCCCAGCAAGCAAGCGACACCACUCCCAAAGCGAACAGAUUCCGUGACGCCUCGUAGCGACUGGUCUAAUAGAGGAAGGAAACCUACAGUUACAGAUACUCCUACCAAACGCGACAUUCUGCGAUCUUCUCGAAGCCCGUCAAGCUCCCCAAUCAGACAGCCUCCAGCUGAAGAAUACCUCAUUGAGGGCUUCGACAAUGACGACAAGUACAUCAUGGUCGAAGAUGAGUUCUAUGCGAUCGCGCAGGAAUUCACGCAGCAUCUCCAUCAUGCGGAAUAUGUGCGACAGAGAAAGGAAGCAAAAUUGCGGAAUGCGGCGGCUAUCAACGAUCUAGCACGGCCCACAGAUGGCCGAACUGAGAUAAGGGAAGAGACCAAGAAGAAAAAACUGAUCGAAGCGCUGUCUGCGCGUCAGAAGGCCGGCUUGGAGAAGAUGAAAGGGAAGCGACCUCGAGUUGAUAGCGACGAAGAGGAUGAACUGGAAGAGGACGAAGAUGACCCCUGGGUCGGGACUUCGUUGCACGGUCUGAUGACGAGUCCGAGGAAGGCGCAGUCUCUCGUUGGUCUACAGGGUAUCAAGUCUAGAACGAGAGCCGCGGCAGGCUACUCUCAAGCAUCCGCCUCAGUCGAUAGGGGUAGUCCUUUACGUUCGUCUCCGCCAGCGCGCCGCGGCCAGCCAGACGUUGAGGAGAUCGAGACUACAGCAUCCGAGGACGACAAUGAUCUGGACAUCCAGCCCACCAAAGCUACUUCCGUGAAGAGACCGUUUAUGACACCUCUGCGAAAUACUACAUCAAGUCCAGUUACUAGGAAGCCGCUUUCCUCUGAGAAGGUCGAUCACCCAUCCCCAAGUUCUGGGAGAGCAGUGGAUUCUAAGCAUUCUAGUUACAAUGCUCCUUCAAGAUCACGUUCUAAAUCCAAGAUGGAUAUGUUUUUUGAUGAAUUGGAUAGUACUCCACACAAAGGAAAACCGGAGAUGUCAAAUCAGGAACCAACGUCCCAUUCAUCUUCGGCUUCGGUGACGCCGCAAAGGCGGCCUCAUGACGAUGGUCCGAAGACGAAGAAAUCACGCCUAAACGAGGUCCCCACAUUUCUGGUGUAAUGAAGAACGACCUUCGCAGCGGUCGAGCGAGAUAUUAAAAAGGUGUACUGGAUCUGGGAAAUAUCCUCCGACGAAAACUGAUGGCCCCGGAAACCUUUUUCUCAAAAAUGAUCCAAUUUGCCCUGAAUGUCGA